AUGCGAACUCAUCCACCGCAAAAGACAUCCAAGAAAAAGUCCUCCUCCUUACCGUCUACUGCAAAACCGUCGGAUGCGACCGUUGAGAAUCGAUCGUCUAAACGAACAACUCGCCGCACCUCACAUACCACCAAUACUUCAGCAGCGAUUCAGCAACCGUCCAGUGUCUUCUCAAGUCCAACCACUUCAUCAGAAGGUCUUGUCAGAGGUAUGAUAUCAAAUGAUGAAGGAGGACCAGCGAAACACACUCGUUCUUCUGAACGUGCAACAUCAGAAUCAUACGUUAACAAUGCUUCAACUAAUCUGGCAUCUACAACCGAGUCAGCAAUACCAAAAUUAAGACGAUCACCUCGUGUUCAAGACUCUCAUUCUGAUAUGUCAAGCACAGAGGUGUGGCGGUCUCCUCGAAGACGACAAUCGCAGCAACAGUCUUCAUUCAGCACUCAGCAAAUCAAACAAGAAUCCAUCGAUGUCGGUGUUGAUGUUGACAUUCCUUAUGCUACUAAUCCCCUUCAGUCAACAUCCAAUCAAAUAAUUAUCAGUCGCACACCAUCUGUCUUAUUAACGAGGCGUUCACCUCCGUUGAUCGCGUUAUCUUCAGAGGAUAUUCAUCGUCGUGAAGGAUCUACUGAAACGAUGGCUAUGUGUGAAGAAAGUAGUGAUCCAUCGUUGCUAGACAGUGAUACGUUGAAUGAAUUGAACUCGAAUUUAAUUACCAAUGUUAGUAAUGAUCCAGCACCCAGCAUUCAUAAUGCUUUCUCAAGCAUUCAUAAAUAUGCAAAAACCAUCAGCAAUCUAAAAACGACUAAAAAUUUAUCAUCUGAUGCCCCUGGGACAUCACAACUCAUCACUCCUGGAAAUGUUUCCAUUCGGAAUGCAGGUAAACCAGGAUCAAGCAAGUCCAGGUUAGAUCAUAUAUCUUCGUCACGACUGGCCACAAACGAUGAACCACAGUUAAUAGCAGUACCCCGGAAGAGAAAAAAAUUCGAGCACAAGAGUUCGACCGCAGAUGUUUCUUCGUUAUUACAUCGAAAUGACUCCAUAUCAAAAUCAUUUGCGCCGAAAAAGAAAGGCUCUCGACGAGGUGCAGCAGGAUGCUUUGCGACAAGAAGUCGAGAUCCUAUCGCUGAAUCGAUUCCUCCUUUGAAAAACAGAACACCUGAUGAGUGCAUGGAAGUUGCAACGAGAGAUGAAGAAACGGCCGAGAUUAGUGCUGAUAUGAUAUAUAAUUUCGCGCAGUCUAUGUCUGUGCCAAUACAUCGGAGUGAUUUUUCGGAUGAGAAUACGAUCGACUUAUUGAAAGAUCGUUUGUUGAUGGUAUUGAGAGAGGUGAUUGAUGCAUCCAAGUUAUUUGCUUUGGAAGCGAGAAGGGAACAAGUAACUGCGCAUGAUUUGAAUGCCUUCAUGCGAUACGCACAUUUGCCGCCACUUUACGGAUUCAUGGAAGAUGAGAAUUGGUUGAAAAUUGGUGAUGUAUUCGUACCGAAUGAAAAAGCGAUUCAGCUAUCCUCAUUCAUGCCGUCAGUAAGAGUAUCAGCAGAGCGUUUAAUCGAUUUCAAAUGUACAAUGGCAUACGCGAAUCGUUGA